AUUUGUGUACUACCUGUACACGUCAGUUUUAUGUUUUUCUUUUUAUCUGUAAAAAUCUGAAAAUCAUCCAAACUAAAGGUUUAUUUAAUUUUAAAUAAAUUCAUAAUUUGUUAAUUAAAUUAACAAAACAAAGAAGAACUCUACCAGUAAAUAAUGGUCUAUAUAGCUAAAGAUGGCCAGGUCCUUGACCGUAAGCCAUGGACUGUUGAAAGAUUCUUUGGAUUAUUUACUGGGUUCUUCGCUCUAGUUCUGACCUUCUUUCGAACUCUCUUAACGCCUUUACUCGAUUCUCAAAGUAGCGGAAAUCGAGACAACCGAGGCAGUAGCUGGGGAAGUGGUGGCAGUGGCGGUGGAGGCGGCGGCGGCGGAGGAGGCGGUGGUGGAGGUGGCGGAGGUCCAUUCCGUCCCAAGUACGAUGGUCUCCGUCCAAAUCGCCAAAUAGGACGCAUUGUCCACACACAAUCCACUUGUCCAGGUGGAGGCUGUGGGCGUUGAUCACGUCAUCGUUUAGAGUGCUUCUUGAAUAGCACUUUAUUUGGACUGGUGUCAAGUCAUCUGUUAAAGCAAUUGACAGUCUUCCUUUGGGAAGUGCGUGUCCGCAUGACGAGCUGUUCGUAAACUCAAAACUGAUGAGGGGAGCAGCUCUGAAUACAAAAUGUUUUUUAACAAAUGGCUCUGCCCAGUCAGUAUAAUAGUUUACUAUGGUUUUUAGAUUUUUUUUUAGUUUGAAUAUAAUCUGACCUAUAAAAUCUGUAACUUUCUAAUUUUAUUAAUAAAUUUUAAUUUUUAUUUUAACAUUGCAA